AUGAGGGAGACCAUAUACAGGGAGUUGACGAUGGAGUUCCUAGUGACCUUCAAGUGCCUCUAUGGGACCAACCAGGAUUUCAACUUCGACGAGGAGGACACGGUCACCUUCAGACUUGGAGGUGUCAUGACGAGUACGAGUGUCACAUCUUUCAGUGUGGCACUCAGCAUUUACUGCGAGGAGUUCAACGGGACCCAAUCUUACCGCUACUUGAAGAGGAAAUGA